CAACUUACUAAUUGGUUAGAAAAAAUAACGAUAGUGAGAAAAUUAAAAUCACUCGUGGCUAUAAAAUGAGAAGAGGUUCAAAUAUAUCACCAUUUCUUUCCCAUUCUUUCAAAGCGAACCCGAAAACUUACAAAAUGGGCGACAACGAUGAAGACCCAUGGCUUGCCCCAGAUAAGCUAUACCAUGUCCUCUUUUGUCUCUCUCUAACCCUCCUUUUCUCCAAGCUAGCCUCCCUCACCCGCUAUCCAUUUCUCAAGCGCCACUCUAUUCGGGUCGGUGCUAUUCUCUCCCUCUUCGCCGGCGCCGCCAAGGAGGCAGCCGACCAAAUUGGCCUCUUUCCCUCCGCUGGAGCCUCUGCAAAGGACGCUGUAGCCGAUAUCAUUGGCGUAUUGAUUGCCGUGGCAGCUCUCUCCAUGCUUAAAAGUAAACACUCCGAUGGAUCUGAUUCGGGGUCGGGUCAGACUCGGAGGGUUUUGCCCAUUUGAUGGCCCAUUGCGGCUGAAUUGUUUAUGGGGUUUUUUCUUUGGGUAGAAAAUUGGUUUUGCUGGGUUAGAUUUUGAAGGGGGAAAGGAAAUUAUGUUUGGUUGCUGAGAAAGUGAAGAAAAAGAAAGCAAAGAUUUGGGUUUUGAAUUAUUUGUUUUAGGGAGAAGACAAGAGGAUUGCUUGAGGUUUGUUGAUCAUGUUGAAUAAUCACCUCCUGAAGCUCCUUGUAGCUGAUGUUUUUUCAUUAGCAUCACCAUCUUCCUCAGGCAGCUUGACAGCAGAGUAAGUUCCUGCUCCACACAAUGCCCCGAGGAUCGGAGCAGUGAGUUUUUGGACUGCCCCAAUUCCCAAAUCAGAUCAAUAGUACAAAAAUAACUGAAGAGUUCAGUAGAGACAUACCCGACUAUGAGUAUGUUGAGCAUGACAGUAGCCCCUACCGCGAUUCCCGCCAGCUCCCCCGCAUGCACAUGGCCAUAAAUCUUGUCACCCCUGCCAUGCUCAUCAAUUUAUGUAUAUAUUUCAAUGUGUUGUGUGCAAUUGUGAUUAUAUAAAACAUUGGGGAAGGGGGGUUGCUAUUCUUCUUGUGAACUAUUAUGGAUAGGAUAUUUUAUGUAUGCUUGAUCCAUCCCACAUUAGUGCUGUGCUUUUUGUAUGAUAUACAAUAUUGGACAAGAAAAGGAAAACAAUUUAAGAU